CGCGGCCGGCGGGGCGAGGCGGGGCCAGGCCGGGUCGGUGGGAGGCAGAGGCCGGGCGGGAGCGGCGGGAGCGGCGGGAGCAGCGGGGUCGGAUCGCCGCGGGACGGGCGAGGUCGUCUGUGAGAAGUGGAGAAAUGGCUAAAUCGACCCAGUUAGCUGACAAUGAAGUCUUCAGGGCUUACGCCACUUACGCAGCUAUUGUUCUUCUGAAAAUGAUGCUGAUGAGUCUUAUAACAGCAUACUACAGGAUGACAAGAAAGGCAUUUGUGAACCCAGAAGAUACAGCAUCGUUUGGAAAAGGUGACAAUGCCAAGAAAUACCUGAGGACUGAUGCGGAUGUCGAACGUGUACGCAGAGGCCACCUGAAUGACCUUGAAAACAUUGUCCCCUUUGUUGGCAUUGGACUGCUGUAUGCCCUUAGUGGCCCUGAGCUGUCCACGGCCUUGCUGCAUUUCAGGAUCUUCACUGGGGCGAGGAUCCUUCACACUUUUGCAUACUUGAUCCCUCUUCCCCAGCCUGGCAGAGGUUUGUCUUGGGCAGUUGGCUAUGCAGUGACCUUCUCGAUGGCAUACAGAGUGCUGAAGACAGUGCUGCUCCUGUAGCAGAGUCUUGGCUGCUCUGUACGAUUCGACAUUCCACACAAAGUUUGCAGCGGUGUGUGGUGGUGCCCUGACUGAGCCAAUAUGAGUCUUCUGUGGUGACUGGAAUUCUUUUCUUUUAAAAGAAGCUUUUCAUUCCUGUUCAGAAAUGUUUCUUUUAGGAGGAAAAAGAAUCUUUCUCCCUGUAUUCCCUGUUCAUGCCUUCCAUUGCCGAAUACUAGAUUGGAUGUUCCCUUUGCAAUUUGUCAAGUGCUUACAAUUCUAAACAUGUGAUGAUGCUGUAUUGAUAGAAUGUGUGAUAAUUUUCUACAGAUGCACUAUUUUUGGCUGUAGCUCUGAAGUCUAAAUCAAUAAAGACAAGGUUUAAAAAAAA